AUGGAGACGUCGGCGCCGCCCAAUGCCGGCGCGCCGCCGGCGCAGCCACGGAGGCGGCUGCCGGACUUCCAGCAGUCAGUGCGGCUCAAGUAUGUGAAGCUGGGGUACCACUACCUCAUCUCCCACGGGAUGUACCUGCUGCUGUCGCCGCUGAUGGCGCUCGUCGCCGUGCAGCUCUCCACCGUCUCCCCGCGCGACCUCGCCGACCUGUGGGAGCAACUCCGCUUCAACCUCCUCUCCGUCGUCACCUGCUCCACGCUGCUCGUCUUCCUCUCCACUGUCUACUUCCUCACCCGCCCGCGCCCCGUGUACCUGCUCGACUUCGCCUGCUACAAGCCGGAGCCGGAGCGCAAGUGCACGCGCCAGACCUUCAUGCACUGCUCCAAGCUCACCGGAUCCUUCACGGACGACAACCUCGAAUUCCAGCGCAAGAUCCUCGAGCGCUCCGGCCUCGGCGAGGACACCUACCUGCCCCCCGCCGUGCUCCGGGUGCCCCCCAACCCGUGCAUGGACGAGGCGCGCAAGGAGGCGCGCGCCGUCAUGUUCGGCGCCAUCGACCAGCUGCUCGACAAGACCGGGGUCAGGCCCAAGGACAUUGGCGUCCUAGUGGUCAACUGCAGCCUGUUCAACCCGACGCCGUCGUUGUCAGCCAUGGUGGUGAACCAUUACAAGCUGAGGGGGAAUAUCGUGAGCUACAACCUCGGCGGGAUGGGCUGCAGCGCCGGGCUGCUGUCCAUUGACCUCGCCAAGGAUCUGCUGCAGGUGCACCCCAACUCUUACGCGCUGGUCAUCAGCAUGGAGAACAUCACGCUGAAUUGGUAUUUCGGGAACAACCGGUCCAUGCUUGUGUCGAAUUGCCUGUUCCGGAUGGGUGGCGCGGCCAUCCUGCUCUCGAACAGGCGGUCUGACAGGCGGAGGUCCAAGUAUGAGCUGGUGCACACCGUGCGCACGCACAAGGGAGCCGACGACAAGUGCUUCGGCUGCGUGACGCAGGAGGAAGAUGAGAUUGGCAAGAUUGGCGUGUCGCUGUCCAAGGACCUCAUGGCGGUGGCCGGAGACGCGCUUAAGACCAACAUCACCACGCUGGGGCCGUUGGUGCUCCCGUUAUCAGAGCAGCUUCUCUUCAUGGGUACGUUGAUUGCCAAGAAGGUGCUCAAGAUGAAGAUCAAGCCGUACAUCCCCGACUUCAAGUUGGCUUUCGAGCACUUCUGCAUCCACGCUGGUGGCCGUGCUGUGCUGGAUGAGCUGGAGAAGAACCUGGAGCUCACCGACUGGCACAUGGAGCCAUCGAGGAUGACCCUGUACAGGUUUGGCAACACAUCAAGCAGCUCACUCUGGUACGAGCUGGCAUACACUGAGGCGAAGGGUAGGAUCAGGAAGCGCGACAGGAUCUGGCAGAUCGCGUUCGGUUCUGGAUUCAAGUGCAACAGCGCCGUCUGGAAGGCGCUCCGGACCGUGAACCCGGCCAAGGAGAAGAGCCCCUGGAUCGAUGAGAUUGACAACUUCCCGGUGGAUGUUCCAAAGAUUUCAAAGGUUGGCAGCGCUUAA